AUGAGUGAUUUUAAUAUUACCGAAACUUAUUUAAAGUUUCUUGAAGAAGAUCCAGAAAUGACUAUGCCCAUAGCGGCUAUCGAAGCCUUAGUUACAUUAUUAAAGGUUAAAAAUCCAGGAACCGCGGCAGAAAUGAUAAGAACCAUUAAGACUUCUACGGAAGAACUAAUUCAAUCCAUUCCUAAUUCUGUUUCAUUAAGAGCAGGUUGUGAUAUCUUUAUGAGAUUUGUAUUGAGAAAUUUACAUCUUUACGGUGACUGGGAAAGUUGUAAACAACAUCUUAUUGAAAAUGGUCAAUUAUUCGUAUCAAGGGCAAAGAGAUCUCGUGAUAAGAUUGCUAAGAUUGGGAUAGAUUUUAUUACUGAUGAUGAUAUUAUUUUAGUUCAUGGGUUUUCAAGAGCUGUCUUUUCUCUUUUAAAACAUGCUGCUGAGAAUUUAAUUAGAUUUAGAUGUGUAGUGACAGAAUCCAGACCGACUUUGCAAGGUACCCAAUUAUACUCCCUAUUAGAAGAAAAAGGUAUACCUGUGACCAUGGUUGUAGAUAGUGCAGUCGGGACUGUCAUUGAUAAAGUUGAUAAAGUAUUUGUUGGUGCUGAAGGUGUCGCAGAAAGUGGAGGUAUCAUUAAUAUAGUAGGGACUUAUUCAGUAGGUGUAUUAGCUCAAAAUGCUAGGAAACCUUUUUACGUUGUCACAGAGAGUCAUAAAUUUGUUCGUAUGUUCCCAUUAUCUUCUAAUGAUUUACCAAUAAAUGGGGAAUUUUUAGAUUUCACUCGUCGUAAGGAUGAUUCACAAGAGGCCUUACGUGGUCCAAUAAUUGAUUAUACUGCACAAGAAUAUAUUACCGCUUUGAUUACAGAUUUGGGUGUUCUGACGCCUAGUGCCGUUUCUGAAGAAUUGAUUAAAAUGUGGUAUGAUUAA